AUUCUAUAGAUAGAGUAUCAAUAGAAAAGGAGUCCACAUUAGCAAUAUAAAACCGGUCCCAAACCUACUCUAUGUACACCCCUUGUUGCAAUUGUAUCUCCUCUUGCAAGUGCUGCAUUUGUUGCUAUUUUGAUCAUUCCUUUAUCCACUUACUAUCGUAAGAAGAGAAAAGACACGUUCCAGGCUCCAAGUUCCCUAGUCAUUCACCGAAGAGAUCCAUCUGAUUCAGAUAACAUGGUUAAGACUGUUGUUGCCAUGAACACCAACGGAAGCACUUCAACAUUAACAGGGAGUGGUUCUGCAAGCAGAAAUAGUAGUGGCAUCGGUGAGUCCGAUGUCAUCGAAGCAGGAAAUAUGGUCAUAUCAAUUCAAGUUCUUCCAAACGUGACAAAGUAUUUUUGCCCGGAGAAUGAGCUUGGCCGUGGUGGCUUUGGAGUGGUUUAUAAAGGGGAAUUGGAUGAUGGCACAAAAAUAGCAGUAAAAAGAAUGGAGUCCGGUGUGAUUAGCAGCAAAGCGUUGGAUGAAUUUCAGGCCGAGAUUGCUGUUUUUUCAAAGGUCCGACAUCGUCAUUUAGUAUCACAUUUGGGUUAUUCAAUUGCAGGCAAUGAGAGAAUCCUUUUUUAUGAGUAUAUGCCUCAAGGAGCUCUCAGUAAGCAUCUUUUCCACUGGAAAAGCCUGAAAUUGGAGCCUCUUUCUUGGAAGAGGAGGCUAAAUAUUGCCUUGGAUGUUGCUAGAGGAAUGGAAUAUCUUCAUAAUCUAGCUCACAGAAGCUUCAUACAUGGACAUCUUAAAUCAUCAAAUAUCUUACUUGGUGAUGAUUUCAGGGCAAAAGUUUCAGAUUUUGGACUGGUAAAACUUGCUCCUGAAGGGGAGAAAUCCAUGCUGAACAGGCUUGCUGCGACUUUUGGAUACUUGGCGCCAGAAUAUGCUGUGACAGGAAAAGUCACAACCAAGGUUGAUGUCUUCAGUUUUGGGGUUGUGUUAAUGGAGCUGCUGACUGGGUUGAUGGCACGUGAUGAGGACAGACCAGAGGAAAGUCAGUACUUAGCUGCAUGGUUCGGGCAUAUCAAAUCAGAUAAGCAGAAACUUAGGGCUGCCAUUGACCCUGCCCUUGAAGUCAAAGAUGAAACAUUUGAAAUUUCCAUCAUUGCUGAACUUGCUGGGCACUGCACAGCAAGAAAGCCCAGCCAAAGGCCGGAUAUGAGCCAUGCAGUGAAUGUACUAGCCCCUCUUGUUGAAAAAUGGAAACCAUUGGAUGAUGAUAUCGAAGAAUAUUGCGGUAUUGAUUAUAGGCUUCCACUUAAGCAGAUGGUGAAAGGCUGGCGGGAAGCAGAAGGGAAAGAUUUCAUUUAUGUGGACCUAGAAGACAGCAAGAGUAGUAUCCCAGCAAGGCCAACAGGCUUUGCAGAGCCUUUCACUUCCGCAGAUGGUCGGUAAAAGAGGUUUUUUCACUACCUUUUUCUAUCGGGUGUUCUUUUGGUAGGUAGUAUGGUCUGUUGCUUUUGUUUCUGAAUUUAAUGUCAAUAUGCUGUGCUGUCAAUGCUUAUAUGGUGGAUUGUGCAUUCCAAACGUUUAUGAGCUUUUAUGUAGGCUUUGAAUUUUUAGUUGGUGAGAUUGCUAUUGGUGAUGUAGAUAGAGAAUAAUGAUAAAUGCAAACUUCUUGUUUGAUUA